AUGGGAUUUUUUCUUCAAGAUCUUCACAAAAAAAUUGCCGACCUUCAUGCUCAGCAAUUUGCUGGAUAUGCGCAUCCAAAUUCAUUUACUGUUUAUCGUGGUCAAGGGCUGUUGCAAAGACAUUUUGAUCAAAUGGUUAAAAUCAAAUGUAGACUUUUAUCAUUUAAUAACUUUUUGUCAACAAGUCUUGAUCGCGAAGUAUCUCUUGCGUUUGCUCGAAAUAACCAAAAUGAUUCCGACCUGAUCGGUGUACUCUUUGAAAUAACUAUUAAUCCAUCAACAUCGAAUAUUCCUUUCGCAAACGUUCAUGACGUCAGUUCUUUUAAGGACGCAGAAGAAAUUCUCUUUUCCAUGCAUUCCGUCUUUCGUAUUGGACUAAUGAAACAAGUUGGUGGAAGUAAUCGUCUCUGCCAAGUUGAUUCAACAUUGGCCCAUGGCAACGAUGUAGAGCUCCUUGGACUUACUGAACAGAUGCGCAAAGAGAUCGGUCCUGAUGCGGAAGGAUGGGAUCGUUUGGGUGUGUUGCUAAUCAAACUUGAGCAGUUCGACGAAGCCCAAGAGAUGUAUGAUAUCCUGCUAGAUCAAACAAUAAUUGAUGAGAAAAAGAGAUAUAUUUAUCACACUCUCGGAUGA